GCCAGCCGGGAAGAGCCAGGGAGCCGGGCCCUGGAACCAGACGCUCCAGCCGCAGACCCAGGUGCCUCUCCGUCGGGCCCCAGCCAUGGCUGUGCAGGUGCCCCUGUGGCACCACUACCUGCAGGCCAUCCGCUCGCGGGGGGCGCCGCGGGCCCAGGACUUCCAGCGCGCAGAGGACGUGCUGCUCACGGUGCUGGAGCACGUGCACCACCUGGACCCGCACUUCCUCGUGGACUAUUCCCGGGACCUGGAGGCCUUCCAGUUCGCCCUGCGCACCUCGGACGGCCCCCUGCCCCUGGAGGUGCCCCUGAGGGUGGACGCAGAUGCCCUCCUGGUGGAGGAGGUGGGGGCCGCCGAGGCGGGGGACAGCCCCGCGCCCUGCCGCCUGGGCGUCUCGGGGGAAGGGGCCCUCCUGGACCGGUGGAUGGCCGACAACGUCCUCAGUGUCUCCUCGGAGGUCGGCGCCCAGGGCCGCGGCCACAUAGCGCCCGGCAAGGUCCUGCGCAUCCUCAAGGACCUUCUGGUGGCGGCCAUCGUGCACUGCAAACACCAGAACCACAUCAUGCCAGGUUCCCUGAACGUGGACAGCCUGGAGGAGGAGGAGAGCCACCUGACCCUGCUGGUGUCCAGCGGCUGGAGAACGGUCCGAUUCAACAUCGUGCCCGUGGUGCGGAGAAGGCUCGGGGCGGCCGCCCUGGAGAGGGUCCAGCUGCUGCCCGGGCUCCCUGAAGGCAGCUUGAGAAGGGUCUUCAGCCAAGAAGUGGCACUGGUACCAGCUGGUGCCCACCACUGGAGGGUCUCCACUGACUACCUGCUCACCAGGCUGCUCGGUGCGCUGGGUUCCCUCCAGGGCCACCGCCUGGACAGCCUCUCCAUCCUGGACCGGGUCAACCACGAGAGCUGGCGUGACAGCGGCCGGAGCCCCGGCCUGACCUUCAGCCACCUGAAGACGGUGCUGCUGUGGGCAUGCACGCUCUUCCCGGCGCCCGAGGACUGGGCGGAGCUGCAGGGCGCCGUGUACCGGCUGCUGGUGGUGCUGCUCUGCUGCCUGGCCGCCAGGCACCUGCCGCACUUCCUCUUCCCCAAGCGGAACCUACUGAAGGAUGCCGGCCUGGACCUCGACGCCCUGUACCAGCGCGUGGAGCGCUUCGCCAGCCAGCCCGAGGCCUCCCUGCGCAUCCACGCCACCCACCUGGGCCGCAGCCCCCCGCCGCGCAUCGGCAACGGGGUCAAGGCACUCCUGCAGCUGCCCGCCAGCGACCCCGCCUACUGGGCCACCGCCUACUUUGACGUCCUGCUGGACAAGUUCCAGGUCUUCAACAUCCAGGAUAAGGACCGGGUCUCGGCCAUGCAGAGCAUCUUCCGGAAGACCAAGACUCUGGACGGCAAGGAGUGCUGAGCUGCCUUCCCUUUACUCGGUCUUUACCACCCACGGCCUGGCUGCCCCGCCCCACAGAGGACCCGGGACAUUUGGAGAAGAGAAUGGACUUGGCCUUGAGGCAGGUGGUGGGCGGUAGAGACGCCUCAGACUGUCCGGGGGAUGGCCUCACGGGCCCCUGCGGGUGCUGGACAGCAGGCCCCGGGAGCAGCUGCCGAUCUCCCGAGGGCCUGGGAUGAAGGUGCCCUGGGUUUCACAAGACGCAUGUUGGUCCAUCCUGUGUGAUGUCGUCACACUCUCAGAGCCAAGCGUCUGCGCGUGGCCUGGAGCUCAAGGGCUUGUCCUGGCCCGAGUCGUGAGCUGCUCUAUGAUGAUGAAACCCUGCAUAUCUGCUCUUGAAUAAAUGAACGCGCUGGAUGCACAUGGUGGAGACGGCAGCCAGCACUUUCUGUAUGUCCAGGUGGAGAAUACUUCCCCUGGAAACAUAGAUGUAGAAGAAGCUGCCAGAAAAUGUGUGCAGACAGAAACCUUCCAACUUUCUCCAGUCUCUGCUAAUGACCAGGUGUCCCCACCGUCCCCUCACAGAGCAAGCUGAAGCCAACAGCGGGGACGCCCACGUCCACGGCUCCCUCUGCCAACCUGCGCUGGUCCUGCCAAGGCGGGGCGUCUUCUGUCUUGCGCAAGGCGGCAUCUCCUGGCGUCUGGCUCCACCCCCGCCUUCUGUUCUCACCACUCCACUUCCCCACCCCACACCCUCUCAUCAGCCCACGAUAGCCAGCCUGCAGCCCCUUCCCCACCGAGCUCUCAAGUGAGGGUCCUGGUGACCUGCGUGUGCCCCAGCCCAGCAGACAGUGUCUACCUUGCACCCUCUUGGCCUCUCAGUGAUAUUUACGCCCCAGCUUCUGAGCCACAGCCCACACCCUGGCUCCUGGAAAGGGGCCUGCGAUCCCGUAGCAAUGCAUGUAGCAGGGCCUCCCAAAACCCCCUGCAAAGGGGCCCCAGGUCAAAUACCAGAAGAGCCACACACGGAGGAGAGGAAAUGCCAGGCCCCUGGAGGGCUGUGUGGUGGGGGGCCCGAGCUGACACUAAUACGGGGGGACAGGAAAUGCCACGAGAGUGGAGGCUGUCAGAACACAAGACCUUGGUCCAGUCUAAUUCACAGGGGGGACAAAGUGUCCAGGCCCAGCCUGUGGUCAUUCCCUCAGUGUCUGGGUGUGUUUCAGGAUGCCUGUACUUGGAAGAACUAAGGGCCUUAAUAGUAGGAAAGGCCAAAGAGACGACUUAGCACAUCUAUUCUGAAGCCCAAAAUAGUCUAGCAAAACACACUAUCCCCGGGCAAUAACGGAACUUAGCAUUACCCUGAACGACCCCAAUCCACCCAUAUAACCUUAGCAAAAAUCAGAUGAAUCAAAAAUCGACACUUUGGUAUAAAUCCAACAAAAUAUGUAAAAUAUCUGUAUGAGGAAAACGGCAAAACUCUGAACAAAAUCAAAGAAGUAAAUAAGUGGAUAUUCCAUGUUCACAGAUAGGAAGACUCAGUGUGGUCAAGAUGUCUAUUCUGCUCAAUAUGAUCCAUAAAUGCAAAUUAAGCCAACAAGGAGAAACGUCCACGUGCCAGUGAGAGUGGCCAACAUAUGGGACCCCGACAGCAUCAAAUGCCGGCAAGGCCGUGGAGCAUCAGGAGCUGGGAGGCAGAAUGGCAGCCACUUGGAAGACAGUUUGAUGGUUUCUUACAAAACUAAACACACUUUUACCACCCGAUCCAGCGAUUGCAUUCCUUGGUAUCUACUCAAGGAGUUGAAAACUCAUGUUUGUGCAAAAACUUACAUACCAAUUUUUACAGCAACUUCAUUCGUAUUUGCCAAAACUUGGAAGCAACUGAGGUAUCCCUCAGUAGGUGACAAACAGUGGUUCGUCCAGACGAGGGGAGAUCACUCAGUGCUAAAGAGAACUGAGCCAUCAACCCAUGAAAAGACAUGGAGGAACCUUAAAUUAUUACUUAUUACUUAAUGAAAGUUUAUUAUUAAGCGAAAGAAGCUAAUCUGAGAAGGCUACAUUCUGUAUGAUUCCAACUCUGACGUUCUGAAAAAGGUAAAAUGUUAGAGACAGUGAAAAGAUCGGUGGUUGCGGGGGGUUGGUAGGAGGGAUGACCCCGUGAGGCACAGAGGAUUGUGAGGGCAGUGGAAAUGCUCUGUGUGAAACUAAAAUACUAAACUGGUGGAUACAUGUCAUUACACAUUUGUCCCAGCCCACGGAGCGCACACCGCCAGCAGAGCGCUGAUGAGAACGAGGGCUCUGGGUGACGAUGGCGUGUCUGUGUGGGCCCGUCACCUGUAACACACGGUCCCUCUGGCGGGGCAUGUUGGGGACAGGAAGGCUGUGCAUGUGUGUGGGCAGCGGUUUAUGGGAAAUCUCUACUUUCCUCUCCACUGGGCUGUGUGUCUAAA